AUGGAUGAUGAUACUGGAGACACAAUGGUCUCUCCAGUAAAGGAGGAAUUCGGAACUACGACUGCUUCGAACCCCGAAAGUUCAACCUUGCCGGAUUACCCAGGGCCUCCACGACAGGGUAGAGAAGGGCUUCGACGUGCGAUUGACGACCUCACGGCCGCUGAGAUGGGGGGAGACUCUAAUCAACACUCUCAAAGCAAAGCAUCCUCAUCUGGUGAUGAGGGACGUUCCCUCAAUAUCUCGCAUUGGACAGACGAUGGAAUUGACACCCCAUAUUCCAUUCUUCAUGAGCCAUCGACUCACGGUAAACCUGACAAGGGGAAGGCGAAGGCAACUGAGAAUGACUGGGAAGAGAAAGAAUACAUCCCUCGCGAAGAGCAGAGUGACAAUGCGUUCUCCCAGGAAAAAGAGCCGUCCAGUCACUUGGAAAUCGAUGACAAGAUUUUCGUGGGAAUGGUCAAGGGAGAAGAAGACGACUUGCAUCCAAAGGGUCGGUAUAGUCGCUUGGCGAGUAGCGAGAAUUCGCCCGAGGGAGAUGAUGAAGCGCUUUUCGUUGGAGAAGCCGAUUUUCCCAAGUAUUUAUCCCCAAGUCACCAACUGCCCGAGGCAUCAGGAUCAAAAGAUCCCAAGUCAAGCCAAAUGCCAAAGAAGAGACUAGUGCCUUCUGAGAAAGAGAAGACCGCGUCCAUGGCAUUAGGUCUUCAGCGAUUACUUGGAAAGGAUCAAACUGGUACUCAACCUACCACAGAUGAACCAAAGGGCAGCGCAAACCAACGAAGCUCACGACAAAAAACACAUCGGCUCUCGAACAAAGAGUUGGAGAGUAUUUGGACAUCAAGCAGCAUUAUUCUCAAUGCUAAUGCAAAUGCGGCAAUGCCUGAGCUCCCGACCUCCGCAAAAAAAGACAAGUCCAAGGCUCUGACCGAGAUAAUUGAUAUAAUGACAGAUUUAACACCAACGGAAAAAGCUGCUGCUAAAUCUGACCGACAGCGGAUUUUGGAAGCGACCCGGAAAUUUGACCAUCAACCCUCGAGCGAUGGUGCUGGUGGCUGGAAGGUCAAGGGUUUGAACACCAGUCUAAGUCACCACCAGGUUCUAGCUGUUGGUUGGAUGCGUGAGCGAGAGAAAUCAUCUACCGAACCCGUUGGGGGACUGCUGUGCGACGUGAUGGGUUUCGGAAAAACGGUGACAGCUCUCUCAACCAUCUUGGACGGCAGACGUUUGGACAAAUAUGAUGAGAAGGCCCCUACCCUGAUUGUCGUUCCGUCAGGAAUGAUCGGCCAUUGGGCGGAUCAAAUCAACAGGUUUUUCGACACCGAUAUAUUUGGAACCGUCCAGGAGUACAGGAGCAACUCAAGGAUGAGUGAUCAAAACAAUAUCAAGUCAAUGGAAAAAAAUGACGUGGUGCUUGCCUCGUAUGAACAUGUGCGACGGUCUUACCCUUCACCGAAAGCACCGAUAGGGCUAUCCAAGGAGGAUAUAACGCGAUGGUGGAAGGACUUUUUCAUGAAGAACGUGGGGGUCCUACAUCGAAUGAAAUGGCAACGUAUCAUCCUUGAUGAGGGCCAUGUCAUCAAGAAUCCGGCCUCCGCCACAUCCAUGGCAAUCCGAGGCCUGAUCGGAACUCAUAAGUGGGUUGUGACUGGAACUCCUCUGCACAACUGCAUCGAGGAACUGUACCCAUAUUUCAACUUCAUUGGGGUUCCACAUUGUACCACUGCGGAUGACUUCAAGCACAUAUACUGUGAUGGGGAGGGAAGCUCAAGGAGCAAACUCGUGGAGACACUCAAGUCGAUCCUUCACCGAAAAACACAUGAAAGCAGGCUCCUCUCUCGACCUAUAAUCAAGUUGCCAGGGGUUGUUUGCAAAGAAGAGACUGUUGAACUUUGCGAAGCUGAAAAGAUCCUGUACAGGAAGAUCGUGCUGAUCUUUCUCCAGAAGGUCAAUGAUAACUGUGGACCACGACUAAAGGCGCGACAAUGGCAGUGCAUCUUGACCAUGUUUUUGAAGCUUCGCAUGUUUACCAGCCAUCUUCUCACGGCUCAGGAUGUGGUCCAGUAUGCCCUUCAUGGCAACACCGUUGCUACCUUAAGGCGUUUGAUUGAGGAGCAAGAUACUACGGACAAUAAUCCAUCUGCACAAAUCGCAAAAAUACUUCUCUCUGCCCAGGGUGAUUCUUCGGUUCCUACUGCAGAGAGCACUCUGUCCGAAGAUGAUAUCUCUCCACCGCAACCUGAGGGGGACAGAGACAAACUGAUCAGAGAGUUCCGGGAAUUCAUGGAUCAGCUCCACAACGAGGAAAGCUGGCAAGAUUGCAAGGAGAGACAUAACUGCCCUCUUUGUGGAGAGAUCCCCGAACAAGCAAUCAUCACAUCCUGCAAACAUCUAUAUUGCGCAGAAUGUUUCGAUCAACUUCCCGACGAACAGGGAUUACUGGGAAAGGAGAAUCGACUGUGCACCAAAUGCCCAACGCCGAUACUAGAAGCCGCCUAUUACGGUGUCUUCGAUAGAGUUCAUCCAGUGGGGUACGAAUCUUCCGUGUCAACUGGCUCGUCCGUCCCAGGCAAGAGGAAACGAUACGACAAAGCCGAGAGUUCACAAAAAUCUCCCAAGCCAAACAAAGCUUCAAAGAGAGUGCGGACAUCCUCAAUGUUCGGAAAGUCUCGAUCUCAACCAGAAGAUGGCGAAGAUGAGGAUGUAUUUAACGUGGAAUUCGUUCCGGAGGACUGGAUUCCAGCCAUCGGGCAGAAGACUCCUAGCGCCAAAUUCACGAAAGUCCGCGAGAUACUGAUGAAAUGGAUCGAAGAAGACAAAAAAAACAAGAUCCUCAUCUUCACUCAAUUCUUGGACACAGUCCGGUUGCUGAAGUCAAUGUGUGAGCAGAACGGCUGGAGGUCUACCACUUUGACCGGAAAGAUGCCUCCUAUCUCACGCGACAAAAGCAUCGAAAGAUUCCGGGAUAACUCGGAAAUCAAAGUCAUGAUCUCUUCGCUGAAGACGGGUGGCGUCGGACUGGACCUUUCCGCGGCUAACAAAAAGGGCCAGCAACGGGAUGUUGAGAUCGUCAAAAUUGUCGCAGAGGGUACCAUCGAUGACGAGAAAAUGCUUCUACUACAGAAGGAAAAGACCGAGAACAUCUCAACUGUAAUUAGUCACCCCGUGCUGCACAGCCGAGCUGGUGUCGAAGACAUUCUGGGGACCUUUGGUAAGGUCACUCAUGUGGAGGGAGGUGGUCUCCGGGUCGACAUUGAUGACAGUGAAGAAUGA